CAGGUCUCAGCCAAUGGCAACACAGCAGAGGGCGGGCACAUUUAUUUAAUCCAAUCAGAAUUCAGUAUUCUAUAAAUUAUUACACCGGAGUCAAUCAAACACGACUGCCCUCUGAGGUUUCUCAUUGGCUGUAGCAUGGUGGGGGCUGAACAGAUAGCUGAGACUGCAUGGAAGAGAAACAAUAUAGUGCAGGACAGAAGACUCAGAGGAGCAUUGAUACAGCAGGUAGAAUAAAAGACACCUGUCCCAGGACAUACAACUAACUUCCUACAACUGACUUAGAAGGAGGGAUAGAGGAGGGUGCAUGAAGCAUAUGGGGAGGGAGGAUAGAGGUGUGCUGGGUUAGGCGACGGCGAAGAGUAGAAAUAACUAGGGAUGACACAGGGAGCAAGGGGAUCACUGUGUAUAAAUGAAUGUUAACAUUGAGGAGAGCUAACCUUAGGGAGGCAGAAGUUUUGCAUGCAAAAUUAGUUUUACUGGAAGAUGUCCUGACAUGGACACUGACUCUGUACUGCCUUAUACAGGUGAGGGAGACAUGGGGGACGGGGUGGAGUGCUAGUGCUUGCCAAUGGGGGUCGAAUUGGUGUAUAUAUCUGCAUACCUCAGUCACUUCCACCUUGGGGGGGGUACGUAAAACAGCAAAUGAAUUGCUAAGGCAGCUGGGGGUUGUAGUUAACAAGUGCUGGCUAGUGAAGGAGUAAUUAGGGACAGCGGCUUGUACACCAGUGAAAGGGGCGGUGCUGCGUUAUGCGAAGCCACACCCCGUUUUCUAUUGGCAAGCAAUGGAUGAAGAACGUGUCUGACAAAUUUGCCGAGCCAGGUAUGCUGAGGGGAAAAAAGUUGAACAGUUUUGUUUUUCAGGGAACAGGGUACAGUACAGCUGUGUUACAUUUGUACAUGUUAUGAUAUCCUUACAUAUUGCUAUUGCACUCCCUGCUUUGUACAGCGGUCUUAGUUGAGGCUACUAAACCUGAUUCCAUAAUCCACAGUGGGGCUGCAUGUUAUGGAUUAGAAUUUGCCCAGUUAUUAAUGGGGUAUUUAUAACAGCUGUAGGGGUGUGUGUCUGGGAUGGACCCAAGUGUCAGGCAAGUGGUUUCUUGUCAUGUGUGAAUAUGAUUCACUGGUAUAGCUGCAGGCUGGGUAUGGGAACCAAGGGUUAAUGUUAUUUGCCACUUUUUAUCCAGUACAACUGUGUCUGCCCACAUGCUGUACCAACCAAUGCACACAGCCCUCCUUUCUGAAGCCACACCCCCAGGAAUGACAGUUAGGUCAGUUGGAAGGAGGAAACCCUCCUUUCUGAAGCCACGCCCACAGCAAUGACAGUUAGGUCAGUUGGAAGGAGGAAUCAGGAGGAUGGACUGCUGGUUGUGUGGUCUCGCUAGUAUCCUGCAGCAUGUUCCCCAAUAAUGGCCGGAAGCUACUGCUGAUAGUAAAGGCUGGUUCAUUCCAGAAGAAAAGGAUAAAGCUCCAGACAAAAUACAUGGCAAGGUGCUGUAUUUGUGUAUCCAUCGGCCUUGGAAACAAGGAGAUUGAUUUGUAACAGUUUUUUAACUCACUUCAAUGGAAUAUGAGCACAGAUUAAAUGCACAGUAUUUUGCUGACACCUAUUGACACAAAUAUGAAGGUACACCUUUUUUAUUGUGAUUAACCACUCAUCAUAUGUGUUGAAUUGUUAAUUGAGUGUUGUAAUGAGGUCAUCAUGACGUUGCUAAUGAGGGAAUUGUGGGUAUAAAUAUUGGGCACUAAGCCACACACACUUUAUCCUUGAUAAAGGCCCCAAUGCGGGCCGAAACGUUGGAUGCACAGUGUAUUGAAUAAACACUUUUGAUAAAGAAAACGGAGUGCUGGUCCAUCUUCAAUUGAUACAUAUCCUUUUGACCGAGCACCCGGCAAGGAACUACAGAGGAUAGAGUGCAGGUGUCUCAUAUUGAACUGUAUAUUGGGAUCAGCUUCCCUAAUUACACCUUGCACCCCCGAUUGAUAUUUGUGGAAAGAACCUCGUUUCGUGGACGUCAUGGAUGAUGACAACCAGAGGAACACAAAACAAGGGGAAAAUUUCACCAGAGAGGAAAUAAGCAGGAUCUUGUUCUCGGAAACAUAUGAGGAAACAUUUGGCAAGUUGGGAGCUAAGGAGGCUUACCACGAGUUGUUGAGACUGCGGAAGAAAGAAGCCGAGCUGCACCUUCAUGGUGUCUCCCUGUCGGAUUAUUAUAGGGAGAGCAAGAUUCCAAGAGGCUUUCGGCUUAACAGCACGCCGACUCUGGGGAGAAACAACCCGGCUUUCUGCACCCGUUGGUGCCAGAUACUUGACCGUUGCUCCCUCGAUCUCAUGUUGCUAGUGAUCGAGGAGGCAGGGAGGGAGUUAACUUCUGUGAGGAGUGAGCUGUCCAGCUUCGAGGCAGCUCACCUAGAGACAUUGCGGAGCGAUAAGGAAGCGGAUUGGCCUGGGCGUCUGCAAGAGCAAGUCGGCAAAUACAAGGCCGAACUGCUCUCCUUCAAGAGUGCCAAGCGUCUUCGUGUGCACCAAGAUUAUAAGGAGGGUGCAGUAUACCGCUGGCAGCAGAGCGGCGCACCGAGGAGAAGGAGGGCAGAAUGGCGUUCGCGCAGGUCACCAGGGCGAUCCAUGACAAGUGGAGCGUCGGAAAGCGAGGAGGAAGCAGCCGCAAUAGGAAGCGCAACAGGAUCACCGCAAAAUCGAGGCCAGGUGCGUUUUUUAGGACAUCGCCCAGGAGACAACGUGGAUCCAGGAAGGCCACCCGCCGUGGUGGCAAAUCGAAUACCCGCAAAUACAAGAUCACGGAAGCCCCAGGCGGAGACCGGGGCCAAGAAGAGGAGCUGAUCUUCAACAUAUCCUCAUACAUACUUACAGCAUCGGAGGCAUCGCUACUAAGGAGGGGCCUUGGCUACGUACCUAUGGUGAGUGGCGAUCCAUUUUCACACACUGUGGAUAACUUUAAAUUUUCAAGGCAUGUUAGGUUAAAGGAGAAAUAUGCUCAGGGUACAGGCUCUGUCCACAGGUUCCCGCAUAUAGAGGAUGCUGACUCGGAACAGGCCCCGGGUUUAACUACAGCAGCUGCGGAUGGGUUGAGUGAGAAUGCUAGAAGUAUGUCUCCAGCCAUAGAGAAAUUCAAACUAGCCAGCACCUACGAUCCGAUCAGCAGCAAUGCCUCCAUUAAAACUUUUAACCGCAUGCUUGACGCGGAUGUAAUGUCCCAUUAUAACAAAAGACGCAAGUGGAGGGGAAAUUUGACUGUGGUUGAGAAGGAAGCAAUUAAGUCCUUAAAACAAAAUAAGGACAUUAUUAUUAAAACUGCGGACAAGGGAGGAGGGAUUGUGGUUAUGAACUAUUCCUAUUACAAGCAAGAACUCCUGUCCCAGUUGGCUGAUACCACUAAGUACAAUAGACUGUCAUUUGAUCCCACCGUGAACUUCCAAAAUGAACUGAGACUGUUAUUACAGAUGGCUAAGAGUAAUGGGUGGGUUACUGAAAGUAUGUGUGAGUUCUUCCUACCAGCACACCCCAUUCGACCAGUAAUAUACACGCUGCCAAAAGGCCAUAAAAGCCUACAUACGCCCCCAGGGCGUCCUAUCAUUUCCUCGAAUGGCUCUUUGAAUGAGGGCAUAGCAGCUUAUGUGGACUCUUUGCUGCAACCAUGUGUACAGAAUAUGACUAGUUAUCUGAAAGACACAAACGAUUUUCUCAAAAUGAUUCGCAGUAUAAGUUGUCCCAUUACAGAUAUGGUGUUGGUAACCAUGGAUGUACAGAGCCUGUACACCUGCAUCCCCCAUGAUGCUGGUGUGGAGGCAGUGCAGGAAUUGGUUAUAGGCAAUGCAUUAUAUACGGGCCCACCUGUGGAGUUUAUGCUAGACCUCCUUAGGUUUAUUUUGCAUAAGAAUUAUUUUAAGUUUGAGAACGAAUAUUUUGUACAACGCACGGGCACAGCUAUGGGGUCAAAAGUAGCCCCAGCUUAUGCUAAUGCGUUUAUGCAUAAAUUUGAAUCUGACCACAUAUUGUGCCAUCCACUGUUUAGACAGUAUGGGGCAUUCUAUAGACGAUACAUAGAUGAUGUUUUCUAUGUAUGGCUAGGUCCUAUUGAUAAAUUAGAUGAAUUUGUCGGAUAUCUAAACGAUCUAGAUAGCCCAGUGAAAUUUACGGCUAAGUAUGAUCUGCAGCAGAUAGAUUUUCUGGAUGUUAAGGUGUACAAAGAGAAUAGUCAGUUGCAGACAUGUGUAUAUAGAAAGCCGACUGAUAGGAAUACGCUCACCCAUUACCAUAGUAACCACCCUAGGCACCUUUUGAACUCGCUGCCCAAGUCACAGAUGCUUAGGGUGGUACGUAUUGACAGUGACCCCAAGAAAAGAUCAGAAGAUCUUAUGGAAAUGUAUGGUAAAUUCCUGGAUAGGGGGUACCCCAGUAAACUACUUUUGGAUACCAAGCAAUGGGCUCUUUCCCUGGAUCGUGAGGAGGUCUUAUUGGAGCAGGAAGAGCACCAAAAUGUCAGAAAUAGAGGUGGGGGCAACGAUAUUUACUAUGUUAGUAAGUAUGGGGCUAACAGUGCUGUGGUGAACGAUAGUGUGCUGAGACACUGGCCCAUUUUGAAAACGGACGACACCAUCUCUAAAAAGUUACCAGACAGGCCCAAGUUUAGUUACGCAAGGGGGGAGUAACUUGAAGGAAAUAUUGAGCCCAUCGGAUCCAGUGAGUAAAUACCAGGGGAGGCAGGCCCAACAUUUUCUAACACAGCGCCCAGGGGUGUUUAAAUGUAUGGGUUGUAUACUCUGCAGUUCACUAAUACAAGGUACAUAUUUCACCCACCCACACACAGGGAGGAGAUAUAAUAUCAGACAAAGGAUGUCCUGUGAUUCAUCUAUGGUGAUCUAUAUUGUGAAAUGUCCCUGUGGACUUAUUUAUUGUGGAAAGACGAUUAGGCAGUUGAAAGAGAGGAUGGCAAUGCAUAGGUCCAGUAUAAGAGCUGCAUUAGAUCCAGAUAAGUGUAAAAAAGAUAAAGGCAAGAGACAGGACAUUU